AUGAUGGUGGGUUUUAAUAAACAUGAAAUGCCAAUUUGUUUAAUUUAUCCAUCUAUGAAUUCUGAAAAUGCUACAUCAAUAAUAAAUAACUUUGUAGGAUAUGGUACAACAUCUAUGAUUGUUAAUUCUAAUCGACUAAAUGAUUGUUCAUCAAGUAGUGAUGGUCCUAAUCGUUGCUGUGAUAUAGUUGGUGCCAUUCUUACUAGUUGGUUAGG